AUGUUACGAGGGGUACCGAUAAGCGCCUUAUCAUCUCGCCUCCGCACACGCCGCCUCAACCACACGCCCUUUCGUCUCCGCACUGCCCAAAAGCAGCACGCCACUUCCAUGAAUGCAUCACCUCAUCUGGGAUCGAUCCCGGUAGUCGAAUCUUCGGGUUUGGCCCCACAACUCGGCCCGUUCCCUGAUUCACAGCCCUUUGCCUUUAGACCUACCGAUAAUGUCCCACAACAGCUCCAGAGUGACAUAGCUCUGCCUGAUGGACAUGUCCAUUCCCAUCCUCAUGGAAUGGUCCUCCAGUCUAACGGACAGUCUUUUGAGGGCAACUACGGUGCACUAGAGGCUGAGGGAACGGAGUCGGCGAACUUCGCGGGACAGCUGACGGGGAUGAAACUGAUUCCUGAUCCACCUGAUCUCGAGUAUUGGAGACAUCGAUUAUUCCAUGCGGAUGAAGUUAUUACUUUAACAGAAGAACAAUAUAUCGCUUUAUCUACAUGGAAAGCAGCUCGAGGUCUAACAAGCUUGGUGUGUAGAUUCCAAAUUUAUUUUCCUCAUGUCGACAACGUCUACUCUCAUCGCUCGACUCAGCGAUAUAAGCGCCGCUCAAUAGUCUCGCAUUACUGGGACUGUCGACUGAAGGGCCGACCUUCAGGGACACCCAAGUCUGAUGAUCCGAACAAGAAGAAACGCAAACGUACUGCCAGAGAACGCGACCUCUGCGAUGUGAAGAUUAAAAUUACAGAGUAUCUGCCCGGCAGUGGAUCGAACGAUACUACUGGAGGGUUUGAAUCGUUGCCAGCUGAGCUAUUACCCGGAGUUCACACAUUGUUUCCUGUCCAGCAAAGCCAGCAUUUCGGUGUGCUCACGCCGAAUGCGGCCCUUCCGGAGGGACAUCCGGGCGCGAAUGGACAAAGGUACUUUACCAUCCAGCGGGUGAAUGGGAAUGGUGCCAAUGGGAGGAAUGAUGGAGUGAGUGGUGGGCAUCGGCAUACACUCGAAGAAAGCGAUCGGAUUAAAAAGAAUAGUGUACAGCGACACUUUUUGAAGGAAGAUAAGAAUAGGAAAAAAUCCGUGGGCCGAGGCAUGUCUGAAAAGAAGACGUAUCACACAAGAGCGACAGGUCUAGCCGCCGUAACAGUUGCGAAUCAUGCAGCCGAGACAAAUAUCCAAUUCUUUGGAAGUUGCUUCUGUCCGUUUGUGCAGAGGGUUUGGAUAGCAUUGGAACUGAAAGGCGUACCAUACCAGUAUGUCGAAGUAGAUCCCUAUGAAAAGCCUCAAUCCCUGCUGGAAGUGAACCCACGCGGGCUUGUGCCAGCCUUACGGCAUGAUAACUGGGCAUGUCAUGAGAGUACGGUGCUCAUGGAAUAUCUUGAGGAUUUGAAAAUCGGAUUGCCCCUUCUUCCAGCCGAACCGAAGUUGCGAGCCCACUGUCGUCUAUGGACAGAUCAUGUCAGAAAGCCAAGUCUGCUUCCUUCACCCCCAGUAGCAGUUGCUGACAAGUUCCAGAUCAACCGGAAUAUUAUCCCGGCAUUCUAUCGGGUAUUGCAAGAGCAGGACCAGCAAAAGCAGAUCGAGAAUUCCGAAGAUCUUCGGGUUGCUUUCGAUACCUUGAUUAAUGCUGCGCACCCUCAGGGGCCAUUUUUCAUGGGAGGGCAAAUUUCCUUUGUGGACAUCCAAGUUGCGCCGUGGGUUAUCCGGCUUAAUCGGGUCCUGAAGCCAUAUCGAGGCUGGCCGGAUGCCGAUGAGGGAAGUCGAUGGGCUGCUUGGGUCAAUGCCAUAGAGACCAAUGAUCAGGUUCGGGCAACAACCAGCACAGAUGAGCUCUACCUCGACAGCUAUGCACGAUAUGCCGAGAAUCGCCCGAACACCUCUCUCCUUGCAAAUGCGAUCAACUCAGGGCGUUCCCUUCCUUGA